AUGGAACAUCCGUACAACAGAUCACAACCAUUAAGGAAUAACUGCGGACGACUGUGUAUGUCGCUGAUCCACCCGAUAAAACAAUGUAAUGUAUUGGUGUAUGGCUAUAACCAAAAACAAUAUGCCAAAGCUUUUUGUAUAGUAAUGGUGGACCAACGUUUGGUGGCGGCGCCCCUGUCGUUGUUGAAUUUAAUUAAGAUGACAUGUUCGAUUAUUCGGUACAUUAAGGCAGUAUGUAACAUCGGUAUUAUAGUAUUUCCGUGGAAAGUAAAUGGUGAUAACGAUAAACGAGUUGAUGGAAGUAAUCACAAAAUAUAUUGCAAAACAUYGUGUCGAAUAGGAAAACUAUUUUUAGAUGUUAAAACUCUGGAUUAUGGUGUUGAACCGUUCCGUUUUUAUAUUCUGACGAAAAAUGACUUUGCCGGCAGMCAUUUAGUUGGUUAUUUUUCAAAAUCGAAACACAGGGAGAACAAUUUUAACGUGGCUUGCAUCAUGGUCAUGCCACAAUAUCAAAGAAAAGGGUACGGGCGACUUCUAAUUGAAUUCAGUUAUCUCUUAUCUAAAAUUGAAAAACAGCCUGGAACACCAGAAACACCCCUCUCCGUCUUGGGUCAGAAGUUGUACAAUUCAUAUUGGAAAAGUGUUAUAUUGGAAUAUUUAGAUAAAUACGAAAAUAAUGCCAAUACAUGUUUAAUGGAACAAGACAUCAUCAAUACCUUAAAUUCUCUGAACUUUGUUGUGGAAGUAUUUAACAGAACUACAAUAUGUAUUAACUGGGAUAUUGUAGAUGCUCAUAAGACGGCAAAUUUAAGACCAAAUCAUAUGCUAUACAAGACUAGUUUAACAUUUAAACCCAGUUUAAAAUCAAGUUUAGAUAAACCAUCAAUCUUGAUGGUUUAA